GCCAAGAGCUAGCAACUGCAAAUUUUGAGAUGCAGCAACUUGCAGAGCAUUGAAUAUGCCCAUGGUUGAGCACCUUAUCAACAAUUGCCCGUUUCUCAACGUUAAUUUUCCUUGGCUAUAUAAUUUGAUGAUGUACUCUUGCAUUAGUGGGCUUGUCUGGGCUUGUGUAAUUCGGGGCUUGUAUACAUUGAGAUUGAGAGCAAUUUUUGAGUAAUCACAUCCUCACAAUUUUUCUCAACUUACAUUUCAUUUUCGUAAUUCAUAGAAGAACAUUAUGGAUCAAUACAAUUUUUCAUUUUCGGAUAGUUGGUCAGUUGGGAACGAUGUUGCGAAUGAUGUUCCUUAUGGGGAGAGCAACUCCUACGUUGGGCGUGAUUACACAGCCGAAUUUACAACUGACCAGGUUAGUUAUUACUGUUGUUAUUAUACAUAUUUGUUACUUAUUUUGAAAGUAGGUUGCAUAAUGUUGUGCUUAUACGUAUUCAUUUUUUUUGUUAUAGAUAUUUGAAACUAGAGCUGUCAUGUUAGAUUGGGUGCGGAGAGUUGGUAAAGAAAAUGGUUUUGUGAUUGUCAUAAGUAAAUAUGCUAGUAUAAAGGGCAAGAAGAUGCCGAAGUGCAUUCAAAUUUGUGAAAUGGGAUGAUUGUACAAACCACCACCAGAAGGGCAUUCAAUGCAAAGGAUUACUGGAACUAAAAAAUGUGAAUGCCCAUUUAAGCUGCGAGGUGUAGCACAACUUCCAGACGGUGUCAUGUGGAGUUUGAAGGUUGUUACAGGUUUUCAUAACCAUGAACCAGCUGAAAGUUUUGAGGAACAUUAGUAUCCGUCAAGGCUGACCCCAAUCCAGCAGCAAUUAGUUCGUGACAUGUCUACCAGCAUCGCGCCUCGAGAAAUUCUUAGUUUCAUGAGACAACAAGACUCAUCAAUUAGUACAGGAAUCAGGAGUAUUUACAAUGUGAAGGCAUUGUAUAAGAAAAAGCAACUGGGGGGUCUAUCUCCUAUUGGGUACAUCUUGAAAGAAUUAAAUGAAAAAAAUACAUUUAUGACUAUCUUAUAAAUGAACACACCAAAAAAAUCACAGAUAUUCUUUGGGUUCAUCCUAGAAGCCUAAAGCUAUUUGUCAACUUUCCGUUCGUGUUGAUUAUUGAUGCGACGUACAAGAGUAAUGAGUAUCGAAUACCACUCUUGGAAGUUGUGAGUAUCACAUCCACAAUGAAAACUUACUCUCUUAUGUUUGCAUAUUUGAGUAAUGAGACGAAAGAGCAACUGAUAUGAGCGUUGGAUACCUUAAAGAGAUGGAUGGUUGAAAAAGGGGCAACUUUGCCAUCGUCGUUGUUUCAGAUAGGGAUCUGGCGCAUCUUGGCGCCAUUGGAAUAUGUUUUCCCUUCGCACAACACAUUCUUUGUAUUUGGCACAUAAACCAAUGUGUAAUGAAGAAGUGCAACCCUAUGCUUGGUACGAGGUGGGAUGAGUUUUCUAAUGCAUGGCAGUUGCUUAUUUAUUCAUCGACACCGAUGUCUUUGCAACAUAGGUGGAAUGCCAUGUGCGGGGAGUUUGAGCAAUACUCCAAUGCCAUACAAUACCUUUGGGAUACAUGGUUAGGUCCUUACAAAGAGCGGUUUGUUGCAGCAUUUAUAAACUAGUUUAUGCACCUUAGGAGCAAUUCAAGCCAAAGGGCGGAGUCUGCGCAUGCGAGGCUCAAACGAUACUUGGGAGAUACCAUGUCCUCGCUUCAAACAUCUUUUUAGAAAAUAGAAAAGAUGUUGACCAGUCAGUACGGGGAUAUUCAAGAGUCGUUCCAGAAAUCUCUUAACAUUCCAUGACACAUACAUCUACAUGAAGGCAUUUAUAGUGAAAUCAGAGGUCGCAUGUCAUUACAGGCAAUGAACUUGAUCCAUAAGCGGGCACAACGCACUGAUAACGAAGCCGGCCUUUGCUUUUGUAAGAUCAAAAGGACACACGGAUUGCCAUGCUUUCACGAUAUUGUACUUUUCCGUUUUGUGGACAGGCCAAUUCCAUUAAGCGCUAUCCACCCUCACUGGAGUACGUUGUCCAUGCACGCCCAGAGGCAUAUUGACGAGGGAGCACGAUCCGGCAGGGCAGCGCUGAUUGAAAGAUUAAAUGAAAUGGAUUCCGACAGUCGAGAGUCUAUGAUGGAUAGGUUUCUCUAUAUGGCGGAUCCAUCUCAUUACACAGUUCGACCCCUAACAUACAACACAGAACACAGGGGUCGACCUACAAGCAGAGAUAAGCAUAAUAGAGGUCGCAUACCUUCUGUAACAGUAUCCACUUCAGAAUCUUGGGCCUCACGUAUUCCAACAUCGCGAAGGAGCAAUGGGAGGGAUCACCUCGUUCUGAAAUUUUCUGAUCAGUAUCAGCGUUAUAUUUCCCACUGUGUUGACGUUCGAUCCGACUGUCAUUGUGGCUUCAGGGCGAUAGCCGCGCAACUCUAUGGUUCUGAAGAUGAAUGGGCUCAAGUACGACAGGACCUUAUCCAAGAGAUUGAACAAAAUUGGGUCCUGUAUGAUCAGCUUUAUCCAUAACGUGAUUAUGUAUACCAGGUGCUACAAAGACUUCGUUGCUUUUAGCCAUCUACACCAGAUGAUCAUUGGAUGGAUUCUAUACCAUUGGGACUUGUCAUCGCAUCAACGCACAAUGUUGUAUUGCAUACAUUUGAUAUGAUUGCUUCAAGUUGUCUCACUCAAUUGCCAUUGAGCUCCCAUCCAGUUUCAUUCGCAGUGCGCAAACAUAUAGCUAUUGGCCAUGUUAAUGGCAAUCACUUCGUGCAAGUUUUCCUACACCCUCAUUACCCUGUACCACCCAUCAUCAUAUGGUGGAGGCCAAAUGCAUCAGAUGAAGCACGCGGAUGGGCUCAUCCUUAUAAAGCACGCCUCUAAUUAUGGUACGAAGUAAUGCAGAUAGAUCCGCCGAGACAACAACCACAAUUUGGCGGAAAUAUUGACUAAAUUUGUGUAUUUAUUUAUGUUCAUGUAUUGGUUCUACAUACUCAAGUAUAAUUAAAUGAAGUUUGAUUUCAGUUUGCAUUAUUGACUAUUCAAAGAAAUAUAAAGUAAAUUUAAGUGGAUUCAACAUACAUAAUUUACUU